AUGCGCCGCUUCGAAAGGAUUCACGAUGUAGUAGAGCCUGUUGAAGAAUAUCGUCGAGGAGGAUACCACCCCGUGCAUCUCCACGAUGUGUUCCAUCAAAGAUACAAAGUCAUAGGGAAGCUAGCUUAUGGCCAAUACUCGACGAAAGCCGUUGAUAACAUCUUGAGCAGGAACGCACAGCAAGUUGUACUGAAAAUUCUAAAAGCUGAAGCAUCCCAAGACAACAACAAGGAGCUUUCAAUCCUCUUUGCACUCUCAGAUUCCAAUAUAGAUCAUCCUGGACAGAAACAAAUAGUUGAACUACUCGAUCAUUUUUACACCAAAGGACCGAACGGAACUCACUUGUGUCUUGUUUUCCCUGCGAUGAUAUCUGACGGGGCAGCAAUGACAAUCAGUGGAAGUCCGCGUGAAGUCGGCUAUAUACGGGCUGUUUCUCGUCAGCUUUUGCUGGGACUUGACUUUCUACAUCAGUCAGGUAUUGUACACUGUGAUCCUCAACCGGCAAAUAUCCUGUUCUCAGUGGCUGGGGGUACAGACAUGGAGGCGUUAUUACAAACUCCUGAGUUCAGUCCCGUUAAGUGGUUGGAAGGAGUUACUGUAGAUGACAGCGCUCCUAAAUAUUUGAUACCUAGCCAAAGGCGAAGGGGUCAGUUGAGUGAUGCAGAUUUCUCAACAUUGGAGGUCAAGAUUGAGGAUCUGGGUGGAGCUCAAUAUGUUCAACACUGUGAUGAAAAACCAGUGACACCUUUGAGCUUGCGCGCACCUGAGCUGAUACGACAUACCCGGGAUACUUCAAUUGAUACUACGCUGGAUAUCUGGGCAUUGGGAUGUUUGAUAUCCGAACUAGCAACGAAUGAGCCGCUGUUCCCUUUGGAAACGUUCGGCAUCACACGAGAGGAGAUAGACAAUGACCAUUGUACUCUUAUUGAGAAACGACUCAGUUUGAACAACCAGGACGCGGACUUUGCAGAUUACCUACGCGAACGAUUACCCGAGAACUUUGGUGCUGAGAAUGCGGAGAGCCUCGCCUCGUUCCUUGUACUUAUGUUGCAAAUAGACCCUUGCGAACGUUUAUCUGCAAAAGAACUACUUCGGACUCCUUUUAUGAUGGAUGGAUAUUGA